CGUGGUGUAGCAGUCGACAAGACUUCAUCUUUUUUCCAACCUCCAUUUGUUGUUCUGUAAUCACAAAUUCACAGUAACACGAAAUUGAGCAAAAGUCAGAAAAUCAGGAGAGAAAGAGAAUGGGAAAGACAGAAUGUUUCAAAGAUGAGUUCAGUUUUGAGCAACGUUUGGAUGAAUCUACUGAUAUGCUUGCCAAGUAUCCUGAUCGAGUCCCUGUGAUUGCUGAGAAAUAUUCAAGAACUGAUCUUCCUGAGAUUGAAAAGAAAAAAUUUUUAGUUCCACGAGACAUGUCUGUUGGGCAUUUCAUUCACAUAUUGAGCGGCAGACUUCGACUAGCUCCGGGCAAAGCUCUAUUUAUAUUUGUCAAGGAUACAUUGCCUCAAACAACCUGUUUGCUGGACUCUGUCUAUGAAACAUACAAGGAUGAAGAUGGAUUUCUAUACAUGUGUUACAGCAGUGAAAAGACUUUUGGUGGUGUUAUGACUGUGGAGUAAAUUUACCGAUCUCAGCCCGAUGUGACUGUUUAGUAAUUCAAUUUUAUUUGUGUAUAGAUCUGUUAAACUUUGUGGUAGUUAAUUAUGUAUAUUCUCCAAACAUCAAUCAUGCUAAGAUGUUUGAUGACAUACAAUUCAAACUCCUUCUGUGUAUAGUGGUCCAGUACCAGCAAAUAAGCUGUGCUUUAAUUCAUAUUGAAAAACUGCAGUUGUUUA